CCACAAGACACAAUUCGACCGAUGGGGCUGAAGCAGAAAACUGGAAGUCGUGCAUCUUUUCCUCAGCCGGCAUGUAAAUAAAGACUACUUUAAUGCGCGUUUUAUUUAAACGCUCUCUCCUAUUUAUUCUAUAAAACGGUACGGCGUGUGCGGCACUCCGAAAAGUACCAUCAGUAGCAACUUCGUUGUGGGGUGGAAUUUAGUGUGUCCUCAUGAAACAGUGAAAUGCUGCCCUCGAGUCCAGAGCUGCGACUUCUCGGGCUUUUGUCCUGUUUUUUCAUUUUUCAAGUCACGAAUGCCAAGAGAGAUUUAAAAAGCGCUUGUAGUACCUGCCAGCGGAUGACUGACAACUUCCAAAAGGGCUAUGAGAGAACUGCAAAGCAAAAUUUUGGUGGGGGGAAUACAGCCUGGGAGGAAAGGAAGCUGUCUAAAUAUGAGACAAGCGAGAUCCGACUGAUGGAGAUCGUCGAGGGGCUGUGCGAUAGCAGCAGCUUCGAGUGCAACCGGAUGCUCGAAGAACACGAGGAGCAGUUGGAGACAUGGUGGUUUAAAAGGAAAAACAAACAUCCUGAUUUGCAUAAAUGGUUCUGCAUUGACACCAUCAAAGAGUGCUGUCCAAAAGGCACAUUUGGACCCGACUGCAAUGCUUGCGUCGGCGGCUCCGAGAGACCGUGUCACGGGAACGGCAAGUGCGACGGCGACGGAACCCGCGGAGGGGACGGCAGGUGCACGUGUGACGUGGAGUACAAGGGGGACUUCUGCCUGGACUGCAUCGACGGCUACUUCAACGAAGUGCGCAACGACACCUUCUCCCUGUGCACGGAAUGCCAUUCCUCCUGCAAGACCUGCAGCGGUGGGGCAACCCAGCAGGACUGCGACGAGUGCAAGGAUGGUUGGGAGGAGGAUGAGCAGGAAGCCUGCAUCGAUGUGGACGAGUGCUCCAAAGACUCACCUCCGUGCCAAGGAAACGAAUACUGCGUCAACACGGAAGGCUCUUACUCCUGCAAGGGAUGUGAUCAAGCUUGCACGGGAUGCACUGGCGCCGGUGCAGACAAGUGCAAGGCGUGCGCCGGCGGCUACCAGGACACUGAGGGCACCUGCUCAGAUAUUGACGAGUGUUCGGGGGCCGAGCCGAUGUGCACCGAUGAGCACCAGCAGUGCGUCAAUACCAGUGGCGGCUACAAGUGCGUCUGCUCCGCCGGCUACGAGGACCACGAUGGAGAGUGUGUCCAAAAGCCACAAGAAGAGGAGCCAGCGGUAUCCGAGACAGAUGAGAGUCCACAUAUGGAGCUCUGAUGUGGAACAGGGCACUGACCGGGAAGACCUUCGGGGGAGGAAUAUUUGACGCUGCUCAUUUUAAAAACAAGGAAAUGCACUUCCAGAACUUAUACGGCAGCCGGGUUGGGGGAGCAGUGUUUUCUACCUGUGGACCAAGGAGUCUAUGCCGUUUCUCUCUGCUGUGCUCAAUUGGUCCGUACUUGUCUUGUUUUAAAAGUAAAUAAAGGUGUUACAAAUAAA